AGGUGCUAAGUAAAAUCCAAGAUGCCGGAACUCAUAGAGCAGAUGUACUGUUCUCAGCAGAUCGUUAUUCCGCCGAAGUUUCCGUACAUACUCAAGAAGUAUUGUAAAGCAGCUAUAAAAACCCAGCCAUACGACCUUCUCCGUUGGUCCUAUGAGUACUUUACAGCGCUUGCGCAGAACCGCCCACCCCCUGUGAAAUUGAGAUUGGAGUAUCCCAUAUACAGCACCGAGGGUGGCCUUACCAGAGGAUGCUUGAAGGUCUUGGCUAAUCAGCUGAUUGGUGUAUCGGAUGUGCCUCUGCCGGUUGUGCGUAAUGCGUGGGACGGUUUCUGCCUUGAUCCUCAUGAACUAAGGCGGAUAUUCUGCUUGUGUGAAGUAUAUCUAAGGGAAAAUUCGGUACCAUUUUUGCAUUUCAUAGCUGUUGCUGGAGGCUUGCUAACAAAGACACUCACACACACCAUGAUCCUACUCUGCGAGACGCUGACCAAGGAACCUGACGGUGGAUCAGCAGCAAUACCAGUUCAAGAUUUCCUGGUUAUGUACAAAUUCCUGGCGCACAUAGACGCUUCUAAGGAUGUGAAGUAUUUCAAUGGAUAUCGGGAAGGCGAAGCACCGAAACCUGAAACUCCUGUCGAGGAAGAGGAGCAGCCGCAAAUGUUAGAAGAGCUCACAGAUACUGAUAAAAAGCUUCGUGAAAUUAGUAGUGCGAAAAUCAACGCAGAUGGAACAGCACCAAGUAUGGUCGCUGGUAGACAGAUGUCGACGACGAGCGGCGAAUUCGUAGUGGCUCAUAUCGAAAAGGAUAUCAUGGAUUACAUAAAUGAUCAAAUUGCAAUAUUACCUGAUCCAGACUUGAAAAGGAAGAAGGCUAAGCCCGAGGAGGUGGCCAUGGUGAGGGAAAUUCUGGACAACUAUCUCGAUGAGAAUAUGGAUGUGAUCAUACCUGAGCUAGAAGAAGUGGAAGAAGAGGAACAGCCGAUACCAGAAGUAACCGUAGUAUACGCGGUACCAGGAAUUGGGCCUCCGGUUGAAAAUGACUUGAUAGAAGAAUUCGCAGAAUACGCUUUAGAUAUAUGCAAGCUGCAAGCUGAUGUUAUUAUGCCGAGGAAUAUUCGACAUUUUCUGUGUCCACCCUUGGAAAAGUAUGACGAACCAAAGUACGAAGACCAGCAGACCAAGAGAGAAGAAGUGGCAAUGGGGGGAGUUAUCACAGAAUGAACAUGAAACUCAUAAACUAUUACGUACUCUAGGGUGUACUGGAGCCUUAAAUAUUAGAUUCCUAGAUCGAAUCCUUACUCUAUACUCGUAUCCUCAAUCAACACAAACUUAACACUUUUUCGAAGCGAAAAAUAGAUGGUAUUUGAAAUGUUC